AUGAUGCGCAAAAAGGUGAGAGCCGCCUCGUCGUCUUAUUCGCCUCAUUCGUUUCCUCCGGAGCGCAUCGUCCCUCUCACGAGCGGCAUUUCCUUGGAUUUCUCUGACCGUGUGUGGUGGACGUGCGUGUGUUGGUGGCAGAACAUGCUGGUGGUGGGCGACUCCAUCAUGAUGAACUUCUACGAGUCGCUGCUCUGCCUCAUCAACACAGGCGGAUACAAGGGCGAGGAGUUGUCCCUUUCCACCAAUGCCACAUUCGAUAUCCGCCGCGUUCGCUUCUCCGCGUUCUCCGGCUCCAUCGACUUCUACUUCGCGCCGUACCUGGUGCGCGCCAGCAAGUUAUCCAAGGACAGCAGCGGCAAGGCGGGCGGCGGGCACGCGCACGACGUGUACGUGGACGAGGUGGACCCGACGCUCGCCAAGAUCCUGCCCGACUAUGACGCCGUGGUGCUCGGCACCGGCAUCUGGUGGCUGCAGAACAAGCCCGGCUUUCGCGAGCCCAACCAGUUCUUCGCCAACGGCGAGCACCGCAACCUCACCAACUCGGCGGCGCACACGUGGGGCAUCUCGACCGUCGCGAAGUAUAUUAAGUCGAGCCACUACAGCGGCGUGCCAUACUUCCUCUCCUACUCUCCCAAGCACGGCGGCCGCGGCGCACCGCAGCCUGGCGUGAAGAACAAGAAAAAGGGACCUGAAUUCCCGGAGUGGGUGGGCGCGUGCGGUGCGCGCGGCCCCAUCGACGAGGAGGAGAAGAUAAAGUACGUGAACACGCUGCCCUCCGCCAAGGCGUAUGCCGACGCGCAGCAGGUGACUCUGGCGGGCACGCCGGUCCGCUUCCUCCCCGUGACGCAGAUGAGCGAGGUACGCCCCGACGGGCACCUUGGCGUGUGGUGGCAGCCGCGAAACCAGACGGGUCCGGACUCGCCAGGGGGCAGGAAGGAGUCGCCCUUCACUGGUGAUUGCACGCACUGGUGCCUGCCUGGCGUGCCAGACGCCUGGGUGGAUGUCCUCUUUACCAACAUGAAGUUCGAGAAUAACUUCCAAUAG